AUGGCAGGAGGGUUUGCACCGGCGGCUAGCACCACCACGUUUGAGGCAAGGAUUACACCUCUUGUUAUCAUCUCAUGUAUUCUAGCUUCCACCGGAGGCCUAAUGUUUGGUUUUGAUGUUGGUAUUUCAGGGGGUGUUACUUCGAUGCCAUCUUUCUUGGAAAAGUUCUUCCCUGUGGUAUACAGAAAGACCCAGCAAACCGGACUCGAAAGCAACUACUGCAAAUACGAUAAUCAAGGCCUUCAAUUGUUCACUUCAUCUCUUUACAUUGCUGCUUUAAUAGCGACUUUCUUCGCGUCCGUCACGACCAGAAGGCUAGGCCGAAGGCUAACCAUGUUGAUUGCUGGGGUUUUCUUCUUACUCGGAACUGUCCUAAACGCAGCAGCAGUAAACCUUGCCAUGCUCAUUAUUGGAAGGCUCCUUCUUGGUUGUGGUGUUGGUUUUGCUAAUCAGGCUGUGCCAGUCUUCCUUUCGGAGAUUGCACCAACUAGAAUUCGAGGAGCUCUUAACAUAUUGUUCCAGCUCAAUGUCACCAUUGGCAUUCUUUUUGCAAAUAUCAUCAACUAUGGCACUGCCAAGAUCACAGGGGGAUGGGGUUGGAGGCUAUCUUUUGGUCUGGGUGGCAUUCCAGCAUCUAUGCUGACCAUAGGGUCUCUCAUUGUGACUGACACUCCUAAUAGUCUGAUUGAGCGUGGUCACUUGGAUGAAGGAAAAUCUGUGCUUAGGAGGAUCCGUGGCAUCGAAAAUGUCGAACCAGAGUACAUGGAGCUUGUUGAGGCAAGUCGUGUGGCCAAAGCAGUGAAGGCACCAGUCAAAGAUAUUUUGUUGAGGAAGUAUCGUCCUCCACUUGUCAUAGCAAUUUUGUUGCAGAUCUUCCAGCAAUUCACUGGCAUCAACGCAAUCAUGUUUUAUGCUCCAGUGCUAUUCAGAUCUCUUGGAUUUGGUGGUGAUGCAUCCCUAUACUCAGCUGUGAUAACAGGAGCUGUUAAUGUCCUCUCUACCUUGGUAUCCAUCUACUCGGUGGACAAAAUUGGUCGUCGACUGCUCUUACUUGAAGCUUGUGUCCAAAUGUUCCUUUCUCAAGUGGUGAUAGCAAUCGUCCUAGGAUUCAAGCUGAAGGAUAACACUAGCGACCUCUCAAAAGGGUUUGCAAUCCUAGUGGUAGUUAUGGUUUGCACUUUUGUUUCAUCUUUUGCAUGGUCUUGGGGACCUCUAGGAUGGUUGAUUCCUAGUGAGACAUUCCCACUAGAGACUCGUUCUAUUGGGCAGAGUGUGACUGUGUCUGUCAACAUGCUCUUCACUUUUGUUAUAGCACAGGCUUUCCUCUCAAUGCUGUGCCAUCUCAAGUAUGGCAUCUUCCUGUUCUUCUCCGCUUGGGUGUUUAUCAUGGGACUCUUCGCGUUUUUCAUGCUUCCUGAGACCAAAAAUGUCCCGAUUGAAGAAAUGACAGAUAAAGUUUGGAGGCAGCAUUGGUAUUGGAAGAGAUUUUUUGAUUGAUAAACUAGAGCAAAGGUGAAAAAGGCAAAACAAACCCUUUUUUAUUUACUUUUUCUUUUUUAUGCAUUGAUAGUUGAGAGUGAGUGAUUUGAAUCAUAAAUGUUUCGGUUUUUCAAGAGGUGCCAAUUGAAUCACAUGACUCUUGGUAAGGAAAAUUACACUUUUGAAAGUGAUAAUUUUGCUCAAUUCUAAUUUCCUAAUUAGAGCUUUUAUUACCAAUGAUCCCUGAGUCGGUUGGCACCUCUUAAGUCUCCCGGACAGGAAGGUUCAAUAUAUGAUCCUCUCUCCUAUCUUAAUGCAGGGAAAGAAAAAAAAAAGAAAAAAAAGAAAAGAAAAGAAAAGAAAAAGACUACUUUUACUUAAUUACU